CGGCAAACGAACCAAGUUAAUAAACUUAUUAAUAUCAUGUCUGAUAGUGAAGAGAAUUUGAGUGAUAUCAGUUUGGAUGAAGAAGAUGAAGAAUUGAUCUGGAGAGUCUUUUAUGGAGAUGUGGAGAAGCGUCAAAGGUCGAACACCAACUCAGGAUAUCCAACUGAUGAAAGUGAAUCUGAAAUAUUAAACCAAGAGGAUGACGAUGAGAAUGAGUCCAUCAGUGAUCUCAGCGAGGUGGACGAUCUCGAUCUUGUGGCAAAGUAUGAAGAGCUCAAAUCAAUGGAACAAAAUCGAAAGCGUAAACGGGAGGAUAGAAGUACGGGUGAUUCCCAUUUUGGCACCCCUUCUGAACUUACAGAUGAAGAACGCAAGAGAUUGAUAAUAGGAUCAUUUAGUAACGAUCAGAUGGAUAGAUUUGAGUCGUACAGACGUAUGACCAUUAAUAAGCUGGGGGUAAAGAAGAUUUGUAACUCUGUGUUGGGUCACUCCAUAGGACAGAACAUUGCCGUGGUCUUAGCUGGUGUAUCGAAACUGUUUCUAGGUGAGAUUAUUACGCGGGCGUUUGAAAUCCAAGAACGUGAUUAUAAGGCUCGUUUGAUUGUGGAUAUUGAUAAUAAAAAGCGCCAAAAGAGAGAUAUUCUCAAAAGCUUGGAACUGGGAAAGGAAGAAGUGGUUGAAGUAGAUGAUCGUAAAUUACAAUAUUUUGGUGACAGAGAAAUUCCACUUCAACCUGAACAUAUUCGUGAAGCAUGGAGAAUGUACAAGUUGGAAAAUAGUGGUGAUUUAAACGCAGCAUGGAGAACUCAAGGAGAUUCAGAUGGGAAAAUGUUCAGAUGAAUUAAAGAAUAAACAAAAAAACACUCACGACGUUACGCAUUAUAAAUAUAGAGUAAUAAUAUAAAAUUACAAGAUAUGUAUAUUAUUGUAGUCUGCUUGUUAAUCAAUUAUAAUACAUAAUUAAC